ACUUGUUUGCUCGCCCCCUAUGAUCAUAGGUGGUCGAUAACCUUUUGGUCAGACCUCCGGGCUAUGCUAGCCUAGUAGCCCACGUUGAGCUUAGUUUGAAACAUGGACAUAAGCACUGUAAAUUCUCUGUCUUAUGAAGAUUUUGUGGAUACUUUUGGAAACGUUGUUGAGAGAAGUCCACUGAUAGUCGCUGCGAUAUGGCCGUACCGCCCGUUCGCUAACCUGUCAGACUUAGAGGCCCGUAUUUCUGAGUUAAUCGACAGCCUUCCGGAAUCAGGUAAAGAGGGCAUUCUCAGGUGUCAUCCCGACCUAGCGGGCAGGGACCUCCAGAGGGGGACGUUAACCCGCGAGUCACAAGAGGAGCAGAGCCAAGCCGGCAUGGCCUCCCUGAAUCCCGAGGAGACCACGCGAAUGUACCGUCUCAACACCGAGUACAAGAGGCGUUUUGGCUUCCCAUUUAUCAUAUGCGCCAAGAUGAACAACAAAGCUGCUAUUCUGCGCCAGUUGACCGAGCGCUCUGGGAACAGCCAGACGAAGGAGAGAGCCCACGCAAUUGAUGAGGUUAAAAAGAUUUGUAAUCUCCGGCUGCGUAAUGUUGUGUUGCCUGACAUUCAAAAUAAACUGUAAUUGGGAUCAUU